ACAAGACACUUUAAUUACUUUUUCUAUGAAGAAAUUGGUUUUAUCGAACCUGCCAGAGCUGGAAGCUGUUUGGAACGAAGAUCCUCCUCAUGGAAUUUUAUGCAUGCAACAUCUAAAAAAAGUACAUGUUACGAAAUGUAAAAGGCUUACAAGCGUGUUUCCAGCAUCUGUAGCCAAAGAUCUUGAACUUGAAGAACUAGUAAUUGAAGAGUGUGAGAGAUUGGUGGCAAUUGUUGCAGAGGAUAAUACAGAUUCAAGUCUAGAGCUUACGCUUCCCUGUCCCUAUGUCAAAUCAUUGAAAUUACGUGGUUUGCAAAAGUUCAACUACUUUUAUUACUGCUCACUCAAUACGCAUCUGGAAUCUCCUACCCAAGAUCAACUCCCUCGUGAGAAGUGCUUGUUAUUAGGGGAAAAUGGAAUGAAGAUGAUUUUGCGAGGAGAAUUGGAGAGAAACCUCUUGGACAGUUUAAAAGCUCUUACUCUCUGCUUUGGUUCAGAUGCAUUUGGAUAUGAAAUUCUAGAAGAGGUUCCGAACAUAGAGAAACUUGCUGUGUGUGGUGGUUCAUUCGAGAAGAUGUUCUGUUGUGAAAGUGGUAAUAAUGUGUUACAGCAGCUGAAAGUAUUACAGUUGGAGUCCCUUGAAGAGCUGGUUUCCAUCUCUUGGAGUGAUUCCUUUAUCAGAAACUUAGAAAGCUUUGAAGUCAUUAAAUGUGGGAGUUUAAAAAGCUUGAUAGCAUGCAAAAAAGGAGUGUCUUUCUCCAAUCUGAUAUGUUUAAAAGUAGAAGGUUGUUGUAGCUUAUCAUAUUUGUUCACAUCCUCAACAGCCAAGCGUUUGGAUCAACUGAAAAGAAUGGAGAUAAAAGAUUGUGAAUCAAUUGAAGAGAUAGUGUCUAAGGAGGAAUCAGAUGGGAAUGAAAUAAUAUUUCCGCAGCUGAAUUGUUUGAAGCUUGAAUGUUUAGAAAAUCUCAACAGCUUCUAUAAAGGGAGUUUAAGUUUUCCAUCCUUGGAGGAAUUGACAGUAUCAUCUUGUUCCGAGAUGAUAACUUUAUGUCCAGGUACAGUGAAAGCAGACAAGUUGUCUCAAGUUAAACUGAAUAACUUCUCAGAGGCUAUUCAAUUGGAAAUUGAUCUCAACUCUACUAUCCGGAAGACAUUUCUGAAAGAGAGAGCAUCAUUGCAAUGGGAACUUGAGUUCAGAGAUAGGGCAGACCUACAAGAGAUAUGGUGUCUGGCACUGCAGAUACCCGACUUUUGUUUCCGAAACUUGGAAACCUUGAUUGUGAAUAAAUGCAACAUUUCAUCAGAUGCAGUGCUACCUUUCACUUUACUCCCUUUAUUACCCACAUUGGAAACAUUGGAAGUUAGAAACUGUGAUUCUGUCAAAACCAUAUUUGAUGUCAAAUGUGCACAAGGCACAUCCACUUUUCCUCUCAAGAAAUUAGUUUUAUGGAAGCUGCCGGAUCUGGAAACCGUUUGGAAUGAAGAUACUCAUGAAACUGUUACAGAGCCUAAUCCAGCUCAUCCAGAAGGAACAAAUCUCAAGCUUACGUUCCCCGAUGUGACAUCAUUGACACUAUGCGAUUUGCCCAACUUCAACCAUAACACUAUAUCUUGCAUUCAUGAUGCAACACCAACAUUUGAGCUAAUUAUACCCAACUUAGAGGAUCUGACAGUGGGUAAAAAUGAAUUAAAGAUGAUUGUGGACGGAGAAUUUCAGACAAACCUUUUACACAACUUAAAAGUUCUCGGUCUGUGCUUUGAUAAUGAGUGUGAUGAAUUUCCGGAGUAUGGAUUUCUACAACAGUUGCCAAAUGUAAAGAAGCUUAUGGUGUGGAGUAGUUCCUUCAAGCUCAUUUUCUGCCAUCAAAGACCUAAUAAUAGUGAACUUCUAUUACAGCUCAAAGAAUUACGCUUGGAGUCCCUUGGUGAGCUAGUUUCCAUUGGGUUAGAGAACUCAUGGACUGAGCUCUUUGUCAGAAAUCUAGAAACUUUUGAAGUCAUUACAUGUUCCACUUUGGAAAACUUGGUAACACGCACAGUGUCUUUCUCAAAUCUGACAUGUUUAAAAGUAAAAAAUUGUGAUAACUUGUCAUAUUUGUUCACGUCCUCAACAGCCAAAACUUUGGGUCGACUCCAAAGAAUGAAGAUAAAACAGUGUAAAUCAAUUGAAGAGAUAGUGUGUGGGAAGGAAUCAAAUGAGAAUGACAUAAUAUUUCUGCAGCUCAGUUGUUUAAAACUGCAUAAUUUACUGAAUCUGCGAAGGUUUUACAGAGGGAAUUUAAGUUUCCCAUCCUUGGAAGAAUUAUCAGUAACAGAUUGCGAUGAUAUGGUAACUUUAUGUCCAAGUACGCUAAAAGCAGACAAGUUGACUCAAGUGAGAAUUGAAUACGGAAAAGUUAUUUCACUGGACACUGAUCUCAACUCUACUACGCGGAAGGAAUUUGGGAGAAAGAUUUCAGAACUUGAAAAACUUGAUCUCCAAAGUAGACCAAAACUACCAGAGAUAUGGCAUGACCCACUGUAUAUACCAGACUUAUGUUUCAGUGAGUUGGUCACCUUGACCGUGGAAAACUGUCAGUUUUUAUCAGAUGCAGUCCUACCCUUCCAUUUACUUCCUUUAUUACCAAAAUUGGAGACAUUGAAAGUUGGAAACUGUGAUUAUGUGAAAACCAUAUUUGAUAUCAAACGUACGACAAAGGACACAUUAGUUACUCUUCCUCUUGCUCUGAAGGAAUUGACUUUAUCCAACUUAUCAAACCUGGAGAAUAUUUGGAGUGAAGAUCCUCAUGGGAUUCUAAUCAUGCAUCAUCUUAAAGAAGUACAUGUCAAGGAAUGUAAAGGCCUUACAAGUGUGUUUCCAGCUUCAGUAGCCAAAGAUCUUGUGAAACUUGAAGACCUAGUCGUGGAAGAGUGUGAGGGAUUGAAGGCAAUUGUUGCAGAGGAAUCCAAGGAGGAUGAGAUAAUAUUUCCGCAACUCAUGUAUUUGAAGGUACAAAGUUGCAAUAGCCUGCCAUAUUUGUUAACAUCUUCAACAGCAAAAAGUUUGAGUGAACUGAAAAGUAUGAAGAUAAAAGAAUGUAAAUCAAUUGAAGAGAUAAUAUCAAAGGAGGGGGAGGAAUCUGAUGAGAAGGUAGAAAUAAAAUUUGAGCAGCUGCGAGAUUUGUAUCUUGAAAAAUUAGAUGAGCUAAGGUGCUUUUACGAUGGCAAUUUUACUUUAAGUUUUCCAUCCUUGGAGGAAGUCCACGUCAUCAAGUGCAGCUCCAUGAAAACUUUCAGUGCAUUCAACAAAAUAGAUAAUCCGUGGUAUUAUUCAGAAUAUGCGAGACCUCGAAAAGAAACUGAUCUUAAUUCUGCUCUACACAGAACUUCCGAAGAAGAGGCUCCCGAUGCUUCUAGUGCCAUCAUUUCAGUUCUUCAAUAGUUCAGAUACUGAUGGAGAUAGUGAACAUGGUGCAGGUGAUGAUUAAUUAGAAGCAGUUUUUCACAGCACAACUUGAUGAUUACGUAAGAUUAGGUUGAGUCUCGGUUGCCGACUCCAAUAUUGCAGUAAUUAAGAGGUGAUUGAAGGCAUAAAGAAUGGGUGGAGAUGAAUGUGUCCGGAUUUUAUUACGUGUGGUUGUGUUUAGAAGAAAUGAAAAAAAAAAUGUUGUUGUACCUAGUUGAAGAUGAAAGUGCCCCUAUUUUAUUAGGUGUGAUUGUGUUUAAAAAAAAUUAAAAAAAAAUUGUGUUGUUCUGCCUAGUUAAAGAUGAAAUACAUUAUUAAUUAUUUGUAUUAUGUAAUGUGUGAGAUUGAAAGUGAUGAACGGCCAUGAAUAUUGAUUGAAGGCUGUAUCACUAAAUAUUCAUUUGCUGU